AGCGCGAGAUGCUUUCCUGGCCGCCGCAUUCAGGCUAGCGGGAGCGAAGGUUAUAAAAUUAAAAAGGGAAAAGAUGGGAAGAAGUGUGUCGGGGCUUCAGGUUGGGCAGGGUGGGCGGAGCAUUCAGGUGCAUCAGGCGGUGAGGCGCAGGUGGAACAGGCAGCUCUCCCAGAGCGCGGGGUGCCCACCCAAAGACUGUGACUCAUGGGCCCUUUCUCUUUCCUGUCUCAGGAACUCAAACAUGACCAGGAAGAUCUUCACAAGUACCAGGGAGCGGUGGAGGCAGCAGAACGUCAACAGCGCCUUUGCCAAGCUGAGGAAGCUCAUCCCCACACACCCUCCAGACAAAAAGCUGAGCAAAAAUGAAACACUUCGCCUGGCAAUGAGGUACAUCAACUUCUUGGUCAAGGUCUUGGGGGAGCAAACCCUGCAGCAAACUGGAGUGGCUGCUCAGGGAAACAUUCUGGGACUCUUCCCCCAAGGAUCCCACCUGCCGGACAAGACUCUACUCGGUGACUACCAGGUUCCUUCACUUGAACCAAGCCACAGCAUUGCGUAGCGGGGCUCUGGCUGUCCUCACCCAGGGCAGCAAUUGCUCAGAAGCCACUGGCUGUCGACAGCCUUUUGCAUGUUCCAGUGUCAACUUGAUGAAUAAUUUGUGAGGCAUGCAUUUAAGCUUCACAGGAGGUGGCUCAGGGACAGCUGCAGGGAGCCAGACAGAGGCCAUGAGGAAGAUGGUUUUGGAGUCUGCCACCCGCGGAGCUCCAGGCAGAGCAGCCUGCCUCUAUUUUAUGGAUCCAGGAUCUGCAUAAGAAGUUGUUUGGGCAGGGGGGGGUGGGGAGGCCGGGGGAAGCAUAGGUUAAAAACAGGUUUGGAAAUCGCUGUUUUACUCAGUAUGUUUUCAGUUACAAGGAAGGAAUUUCCCCAUGACUGAUCUCAGACAGAUGAGUAGAAAAUACUUGCCUCAGAACAUAUUUUACAGAUUGUUUUGAAGAAUGAGGUAUAUGUGAUCGAGGGUGAACAAAAUAACGUUGAUAAAUGUGAAGAGAGCCCUCACGGAAACCAACCUGGAGACUUGUGAAAACUUGAGGGAAAAGACCCUCCUGACACGUGAGGAUUACAGAAACACAGCAGAUAACAUGUGGAAGAGCUCUGCAUCCUUUAACCCUGUGGAAAUAUGAAGUGUUACCUGCCUUGAGCCAUUUAUAUCUAUGUUAUCUCUGAAGCCAAAUGGUGGAUUAUUUCUGUGAGAGGAAAGGACUUGAUAAUUUAUGAAUUAGAGUUCAUAGUUUUCUAAAUAGCUAAAAUAGGUUAUCUAACCCCUUAGUUGCGCAUGUCAGGCAUUAAAACUUUUAAUUCAGCCUGAGUUCCUCCUGGUUUAAGACCUGUAAACUUCAAAUAUAAUUAUGAAAAUCCAAACAUUACCAUUUAACAACUCAUUUAACAGAGAGCUUAGUUUAAACAAAAGAUCUAGAGUAGACAAUAGGAAUGUAAUAACAGACUUUAAUAAAUUAAUGAAUUUGUAAUUUGUCUUCCUAGCUAUGGAGCAUUAGCUCAAUCUUAUGCUGGUAGGAGUGGUACCCACUAGUCAAUGAAACAGUGCGGAUCUGGCAGAACUACUCACAACCACGUGCCCCGCCCCCCCAAUGAUUGGAUUCAAAGAUGGAUUCAAGGAUGAAUCCCAUAGCUGAGCCCAGAAUACAAAUAAUGUCAGUUGAUUGUCUCUGGGACAUUUUAUUUCCCUAAAGUUCUUGACAGUACAUUGGUUUUAAAACCUUCUGAACCACAGGUAUGAAACUGAUGGAUUUGCAAUUAUGGGUUUCCAGUGUAUACACAAUAGAAGAAUUUAAAUUUCCUGCUACUCUAGAAAGAAGAUAUUGAUUUAUGGAAGGUUGAACUGAGCCUCUUUGGUUUGGUGAUCAGAAAAAAAGCUAGAUGAGGCUAGAUGAGGCUCCCCCAAAAUCUCCUUCCCCCCAAAUAACAAGGUCAUAAUGUCAUUAACAUUUACACAGCAUUCACACUCAUAGCCCAGUGCAUUUAUCCGAAGCACUAUGUUUUCCUUCUAGGUCUUCCUUUAAACUGCAUUCUAUACACUUCCCUAUGGACCCAGAAUAGUCCAGGGAAACACAUAUGCACAGAGACUAAGGGACUUCCUCCAAAUGUGCAUUUCUUGCUCAUGAGGUUAUGUGGACUUAAAUUUGUCCCCAAACUACCAACUGAUAGUAUAUCUCAAAGCUUUGAUGACUUCAAUUGAACAACAUUACUUACUCUCUUCAUCUAGCAUUAAAUCAAAAUAACACUUUUGACAGCGUUUUUAUGUUAGCUUCCUAUUAACAUGUUGCUGACGAGGGCACAGAGGACCUCUUUGCCUGAAUGCAGGAUUUUACUGCUCUUCUCAGAAUGAGUGCCCUUUUCUGUUGUUGGGGCCAUGUCUGUCAGUACAGAGGGUCUUUCCACUAAAGUGUAAGAGAGUGCUCCUGAAAAGUCGUGAGACUGAGUUAUCAUUAAACUAUAUGAGGGGGAUAAUGAUUUAAAGAAACCCUGCAGGAAAUUCCAUUGAUAAAUGAAUAAACACUUAAAAUAUUA